UUUAACAUCUCUGCAUUUUUAACGCAUAUCGAAAAAUUCUAAACGUAAUGACUAAGUUUUGAAGUGCGUUGGGGCGUGAUUUGAAGUGGAAUGGUGGAUGGCUUUGGUGGUGAUGAGUACGGGACCGAAGACAGGUGGCUCCUUAUACCAUAGCACGGGUUCGAUGUGUUCAGUUUUGCUAUGACCGCCGACUGGUCACGAGACAUCUCCGAGGUAGAACCCCUAUUUUGAGUUUAAUACAUUUUAUUUCUCUGUCAAAGAAGAAAAAAAAGCGACACUACAAUGGAAUAUCGAACAUUUAUCAUGGUACUUUUAUGCAUUUUGUGCCACGCAAAUGAAUAUUCGGACACGAAACAAUCGAAACCAAAUGACGUCGAUUCAACGACAGAAUCCAAUGAACCUCCAGAAGGAUAUUACGCCUUCGUGAAGUCACCGAACGCAGAACCGCCUAAAGUGAGGCCGCCACCUUAUAUAGAUAGCGACAAAGAAUGCUAUGACACCGGUAAACAGGGAAAGGGUUAUGUUUCCGUACACAAUAUUUGCGGGGAUCUUAACAAGGGUUAUAUCCCGCGAAAUCCUAUGAAUCAGUAUUUCAAUGGCUCGUCGUAUCCUUUCGCGCUGUUGAAAAAUCACACGUUGAAAUUUUUGAGCAAAGCGUUGCCUAUACUCAAGGCUGACGAUUCAUUGCCGAAGGUCGCCACGGUGCAAUCCUAUUUCCAGAAUUCUGUCGACACCGACGAGAAAGGAAGUAGAAGCAAGCGAUCGUCCGAUUCAGAAAGCGCCUUGGAUACUCUCAGAAACGGUCGUAAAUUCUGCGAAAAUGGUGGAGGAGUUGUCUGCAUGCUGUACAAGGCUAUACAAGGUGAACCAUUGGCUACCUCAGCAGCUGAACGCCGUGACGAGCCCUCCACCCCAGAGUACCGUCAACGAACACCGCCACAAGAGAAGCCAGAAUACACCGGUCCACCCACUCCUUGUCCAGCUAAAGUGGAGUACGCUACACCAGUGUUCGCCAAGAACUAUCAAGGAGUUUGGCGCUACGUGGUGCAAAUCCCUUACGAGGGUUACUUCACUCAGACUAUCGAAGUAACCCGAUGCAUGCAAUCAAGAUGUCAUUACUUGGAUGGUGGUUGUCUGUCGUCGCCAAGAUGGACUAGUUUGCUAGUAGCAGAGAUUUUCUAUCCUGACACGUUUUUGGAAGAAAAUCAAAAUUCUAGAAUCAACGGCCUGAGAGAUACUGCCGGUUCACCGCCACCUGUCCACGAUUUCCAGAAUUAUCAACAAUAUUUACAGAAACGUGCCGGGGAGAAUGAAGCUCGUAACAGCGGAUCGUCCCAGCAUCAUUGCGACGGUGUCGACGAAAUGGGUUGUUUCCAGGUAAGAUUGUACUACGAUUGGUUCUUGGUGCCAGGAAGCUGCAAGUGUUGGCGUCCCGAUUACUUCAACCGCUAUGUUCGUCGAAGCGGGUCUAACGUCGAAUUGUGAUGGCAAUAUCGCGUGUCAAAUCACGUAAAUGAGCAAGAGAACGCGCUUGCGUGAUAUGACUGAUACGAUUAAAUCGAUAAGCUUGUCAGAUUCUGUGAAAUAGUCUGUUUUGAUCGAUCGAUGAUCAAACGACUAUUUGUUUGAUAAUUGAAUAGGAAAGAUGUUAGAAUCGAACAUACACUUUUUAGACAAUACCUACGUAGAAGAUCACAUUUCAGCAAUCAUCGAAUGAGGAGAAUUAAAGUGGAUCCACUGAGUGCGAUCGAUAAUCUAGCUUUAAUAUAAUACUUUGUUGUAUUAAAUUCGCAGCAUUGUGCACCUUAAAGACUGAAGAGAAGUACCAUUGUCGUGAACGCAGUAGAACGCGCUAAUGAAGUUGCAUCAACGUGCGUUGUUACUAAGUACAUAUUUCUUUUUUUAAAUAAUCCACGUUUCGCACUGUAUGAAAGUAUGAUUUGCAUUUUUCAUUUACCAAGAUACGUUGUUAAAUUAACGCAGUAGAAUAGCUAUAGAA